AUGUCUGAUUCGAUUUUCGAGGAUUUAUCUGCUCAUGUCAGGGUUCCUGACGAUGAGGAAAAGGUUUUCAAGGAUGAAUGUCCGUUUUCGUUUGAGACGCCUGAGACAGAAAAAGGUAUAUACAUCUGUAUGCGACACUUCGUUGCAAUUGGGUCUAAAAUCCUCAGACUUUACCAUGAAAAAACUGGCUGUCGUGCUUUCUUAAGAUACAAGAUAGAAAAGCAAUUCAAAGAUAAGGGUGCUAGUGCCCAAGAACAUCCAACAAAACUCGCUAUUGGAGUUUCCGGGGGUUUUGAUUUUCCUCAAGAUGCGUAUACAGUCACUGAACAUUGGUCUCUAGUACGUCUUCCGCAAGGUGAUUCGUUUGAAAUCCCGAAUCCAGAACCCGGGCAAGCACUAUCUGAUAUAUCUCAUUUACAAUUUUUGGGGCUUCCCAAACGCCUAGCCAAUUCGAUUGCAUUAAUUCAACGUGCUGAGUCAGUAUUACUAGCAGAAGAGAGAGCUAAUUCACUUAAAGCUUGGGAAGAUGAUAAUAUUUGUCUCAUUUCUUCGUAUGCAAUGAAUCUAGUACAAAUAAAUAAUUCCGUUCGGAUCCCUCCAUCUGGAUGGAAAUGUGCCAAAUGUGAUUUAAGAGAUAAUCUGUGGAUGAAUCUUACCGAUGGGACCAUACUUUGUGGUCGAAAAUUUUGGGAUGGGUCUGGAGGAAAUAAUCAUGCUUUGGAGCAUUACCAACAGACUAAGUAUCCAUUAGCUGUCAAACUUGGAACUAUAACUCCCAAGGGUGGAGAAGUAUUUUCAUAUCCUGAAGAUUCAAUGGUAACCGAUCCGAAAUUAGCAGAACAUCUUGCCCACUUUGGUAUUGAUGUAAUGCUUAUGCAAAAAACCGAUAAGACAAUGGCUGAAUUAGAAGUGGAUGCAAAUGAAAGACUUGGAGAAUGGCUUACAUUGCAAGAAUCCAAUCGUACACUUGAAGCACGUUAUGGUCCAGGUAUGACUGGACUUAGAAAUCUCGGUAAUACUUGUUAUAUGAAUGCUGUGUUGCAGGUUCUAUUUUCAAUUUCACAAUUCCGUUCAUAUUAUGCCUAUCAAUUACCAAUUUGGUGUGAGGAAGCAUUGGAACAGUUCAUUUCUAAAGAUCAUCCACUUCUACCAGUAGAUCAUAUUGGUCUACAGUUUUCGAAAUUAGGACACGGUCUUUGUUCAGGUGAUCACUCAUGGCUAGUUACAAACGAUGCUAGUCAUAUGAAUGCAACUCCAGGUAGCCCUGUGCCUGCUCUACCAGGUAUACGUCCAAUUUUGUUUCGUCGACUGAUGGGCGCUCAUAAUUCCACAUUCGCUACAAAGCAACAACAAGAUGCUUGUGAAUUUUUAAUCUAUCUGUUAGAUUUAUUAGAACAAAAAGCCAGCAAACAUGAAAACGGUUCAAUUCAUCCAAGUAAUGUAAUGCGUUUUGGUGUGGAAGAACGUCUACAAUGUGGUUUGACACAUAAAGUCUCUUAUAAAAUUGAUCAUGAAUGGAUCCUUUCAGUUCCAGUUCCAAUGGAAGCGGUAACAAAUCAAAAAGCACUAGAUGACUAUGAAAAACGACGUGUUGAUGCUGAAUCAAAUGGUAUACAUUUAUCACCGGAAGAGGUUGUACGACCAAUUAUUCCUAUAGAAGCUUGUUUGUCCGCUUGGGCUGAAACAGAACAAAUUAAUGACUUUAAAACACCAGCAAGUCAACCUCCAGGUGCUAAAACAUUCGCUUUACGUUCUAAUCGUUUAACAAAUUUUCCAACCUAUCUUUGUAUACAAGUUGGACGAUUUACUGUUGGUCCAGAUUGGCUUCCAAAAAAACUGGAUGUAGACAUUGAAUUGAAAUCAUUUAUUGGAAGCCAUGGUGAUACUAAAUGGUUUAUUGAUUUGAAUAGUUUACGUGCUCCAAAUGGUAGUAGACCAUUACCUGGCGAACAAUUAAUGCCAACUGGAAAUGAAAUCAAGUCUGAACAAAUGGCAACUAAUGAUGAGAUGCAGUUAGAUGUAACAAUUAUCAAUGAACUGUUAGUUAUGGGUUUCACUUUGGAAGCAGCUCAGAAAGCGUGUAAAUUUACACAAAACACUGGUGUUGAAAAUGCCACUAAUUGGUUAAUGGAACAUUUAGAUGAUCCCGAUUUAAAUGAUCCAUUGACAUCGACCACCGGUUGUCAACAACAACAACAACAACCAGCAGUUGGAUCUGUUACUUCUACGGGUAUUGAUGAAAAUGCAAUUGAAAUGAUGUCAGCUAUGGGAUUCAGUAGACAACAGGCAAUCAUAGCAUUACAACAUACCAAUGGUAAUUUAGAACAAGCUGCUGAUUGGGCAUUGAGUAAUCCAAAUGAAUUAGAAACUUUAUUACUUCAAUCACAAAUAGCAGCUACUCCAUCUGAUGAAGGAAAUAAUUUAAGUCAGAAGACAUCAUCAACAUGUCAAUCAACUUCACCAUUAUUAUCAGAUGGUAGUUCAAAAUAUGAAUUAUUCGCUUUUAUUAGCCACAUGGGAAAGUCGACUAAUGAUGGUCAUUAUGUAGCUCAUAUUAAACGAUCAUUUCUAGCUAAAUGUAUACCACAUGAACCACCGGUGUAUCAUGUUGGUUCACCAAUUUGUGGUGGUUCCGAUCAAGAAUGGAUUAUAUUUAAUGAUGAAAAAGUGGCCAAAAGUGAAUGUCCUCCAUAUCGUCAUGCUUAUUUGUACUUUUUUCGACAAUUAGAUUCUGCUGAUCAGUCGUCUAAUUAA